CAGGAAACAGGAAGUGACGCGGUAAGCGAUGGCUAACGCUCGUCUGUUUGAAACGGAGUGUGAUCUAGUGAAGAAGUCCCGCAUUCAUUUUUAGCAGUUAUUAUUGUUAUCCUCAAAGAUUACACAGCUGAAGGAUCAGGCGAAACAUCAGUGAGUUUCUACACAAAGUUCGUUUUCCGAAUCUGAAGCGCUGAAUUAAUUCUGUGCUCCGUCCAUUCAUAAAUAAGAGGUGCGCGCGCUAGUGCCCUCAGUAGUGCUCUGUGCAGAUGUCUGCUCCGCUCCCUCAGAAGGGCCUGGGCCCGGGGCUGCCGGUCAUGGCCCCUCAGCAGCAGCAGCAGCCCGGGAUGCCUCCACAGGGCGCUCUGCGGGAAAUCUCGCCCGUCUACCUGUGCCGCAUCGGGCAGGAGACCGUCCAGGACAUCGUCACGCGCACCAUGGAGAUCUUCCAGAUCACGCGCGCCACUCAGCUUCCCAACGGCGUGACGCAGAGUCAGGCGGCGUAUCAGGACCGCUUCGGGAAGCUGCAGGAACACCUGCGUCAGCUGACCCUGCUCUUCCGUAAGCUGCGUCUGCUGUAUGAGCGCUGUGUGGAGAUGACCCCUGACCUCCAGGAGUCUCCGGCUGAGCUGGUUCCGUACGUGUCGGAGGAGACGGCAGCGGUGCGGGUGGAGCCGUGCAGCCCAGCGGUGAUCCAGGAGAGACAGGAAGUGCUAGAGAAAGUGAGGCAGAAGAAUCAGGAGAUGAAGGUGCUGAUGGACCAGAUGAGGAACCUCCUGUGGGACGUCAAUGCCAUGCUCACCAUGCGGAAAUGACUGCGGUACACUUCCUAACAUGUGACCAUCUUCAGUCACGGACUUUUGUUGACGAAUGAGAUCAGACUCGGCAGCUCUUCCUGCCUCAUUUACUCUGAUUAAUAACUGAUGUUUCACACUCUUGCUCCUCAGGUUGUGUGUGUGUGUGUGUGUGUGUGUGUGUGUGUGUGUGUGUGUGUGUGUGUGUGUGUGUGUGUGUGUGUGUGUGUGUGUGUGUGUGUGUGUGUGUGUGUGUGUGUGUGUGUGUGUGUGUGUGUGUGUGUGUGUGUGUGUGUGUGUGUGUGUGUGAUACACUCCUGAUAUCUGCCUGAAGAAUCAUCUAAAAAAAGAAUCAGGCUGGUAUUUUUUGUAAAGAUUUUUAUACAAAUUAAAAAAACCUUUUUUUG